UUGUGCUCUGUUGAGGAAUCUGUAUCGAAAUAAUUGGUUCAACUUUCUUGUCACAAGACAGUCUUACAUGGGCUGAGUGCUGGCUCAUUUGUGAUCUCAUCAUACUACACCCUCUCUGCUUCUGUCUCUGCUCUAUACAUUGUUCCACACUGCAGUGUAUAUUCAUUUUAAACAAGUGGUGUGCAAAAAACACAAGACACCCUUCAGAUGAACAUACUUCAAAAUAUCAGGGGUCAUAUUGUUUCGACAGAUAAGGGUAUGUCACCUCUGUGGGUAAAAACUGUCCGUCAUGGCAAAUAUGUGUAUAUGAACAUGGCCACUACACUGCCAAGCCCCCUUACAACUCAUGUGCUGAAUAUUGCCCAAGGAGUUCCUGGAGCCAACAUGACCAUUAUCCUCUAUCUCCUAGACCCCAUCUCAUCGGUGUGGAACUUACUCACAACAGGGAUAACUAAUGACGAUGGACGGUGUCCUGGAUUGAUUAAAAAAGAUAGCUUCAUUGCUGGUGUGUAUAAACUGCGUUUUGAGACUGGAAAGUACUGGGAUGCCUUGGGGGAAAUGUGCUUCUAUCCAUAUGUAGAGGUUGUCUUCAACAUCACUGACCCUUCACAGAAGUACCAUAUUCCUCUGAUUCUGAGCCGUUUCUCUUACAGUACAUAUAGAGGAAGUUAGUUAAGUUCAUGCAUGUUUCAGUGUCAAUGCACAGGUAAAAAUGUAAUCACUCGUGUGAUAACACUAUGAUAAUGUUCCGUAAUAAAUAAUUUUAAUAAAGCAUUUUGCUGAAGAGUUAA